UCUCCUGGUCACUCUCCAAUUGCGUUGUGGUGGUUAGCCAAACGCGCAUUUGCUUCUCAAAGCAUCACCUACCGGGAACGGAAUAGGUUGGAAGAGAGAGAGAGAGAAAGAGAAGCUCUGCGAGAAGAAGAAAGUCGGAGAUGGCGUAUGCUGCUAUGUCUUCACGCUUCUGGACGGCGUCGUUCGCUUUCGCAACUCUAGCCGUGAUCUGCACACAGCACGCGACAGCAGAUUCCGACAAGCUGGUCACAUUCCUUCCAAAUUUUGUGACAAACUGUAACAACACCGCUGGAACUCAAUCCACCUGGUUUGCAAUAUUUAGUACAAGCCUCUACACCGGGGAGUUCAAUACGAUCAGUCCUGAAUCAGCCGUUGAUACGUGCCAAAGAUAUGGGUUUGAUGUGAUGGACUAUGACCAGUACAAGAACCCGGAGUCCGGCGUGGAAUCCUGCGUUUCCAGCCUCCUGGACAAGUUGUUUAGCGUAAGGAGGGAUCUAGUGUCACCAGUGUAUUGGGCCCGGCGAUCUGGGAAUGUGUUGAUGCGUCAGGAUUACUCACAAGAAAGCAGUGGCGUAGCCUACACUGGAGACAUUCCUCCCACUAUAAUCUGCUCAGGCAGUUGGACAACGGUGCCCUAUCAAAAGUAUUACCUAUCAACACUUCAGAAUGGACUGCGUGUGAAGUACAAUGCAGCAAGGCGAGCCUGCACUUUUUACGGCAAACGUCUCAUGUCCGAGAAUGACAUCCCCGCGUCACAAUUGACUAACCUUCGACAGAAUGUGUUUGCACAUCUUCAAGUUAAAUCUGGUGCAUAUUUCCUUGAAGGCGGCGCGAAGAUCUUGGCACAGAACUACCGGGGGCAAACUAGUGAAUUGAUCAUGCAGAUUUUCAAUCUCUACCCUGAGUCCGAGAAGCAAAUAUUAUGCAUUCAGAUCUGCGAUCAUGGGCAACUUGUGAAGGGGCGCUGCAUCUGCCAAAAAGGGUACAUUGGCGAAACGUGUGAAAAAGACAUCACACCAGAACUCAUCUCAUUUUGUGCAAGAACUGAGGAGAGCCCGAAGUUAAGGUUUCCGCUGAUGGGCUCAGCUGCUACCCUUUCUCGACAAGUGAGUUCCCUUGAAGGUGCCCAACACCUGUGUCGUCAGAGGGGAUUUGGAGUGCUUGAUUUCGGGGACAUCGGCAUUGGCACGGAAAAAGAGAUCAGUUGCAAGCAACGUCCUUUCCAAAUUAUCCAGGGUCAACUUAAUCUUAACGCUCAGCGAGAAACGACAUCUUCCAUCAGUUUCUGGUCAGCCUAUGUCCGAAAGAUCUACGCCAUGGCUGCUUUCCAGAGUCCCGUUCUGAGGACCUAUGAAUCUGGCCACGAAUAUUCCGUGGCUUGUGAAGGACACUGGAAGCGGAAAACCGUACAAUCUGGCACCUUCUCGCUCGCCACGUUGGGUAAGCAAGCGCCAGUCUCCUACGAGUUUGCAGGCGACGCCUGCGCAUACAUCAACCACACCCUUCUGACCCCGCAGGAGCUUGCCGCCGCUUUCGAGUACGACGCAACCCUCCGAGCAGACCUCGAUGAUCUCCUGGAGCCUGGUGUUGGUCCAGACUAUAUCCUCGCCGGAGGGCGGGUCAAAGCUCAUUAUACCAAGUUGCAUGGACCAUCGUUUGUGGUGUUUCUGGCCACCGAUGGAGCAGAAGGGUAUGCGGUCCUUUGUGGAAGAGGCAACUUUGCAUCUCUCAAGCCAGCUCAUUGAGAAUCUGGGAUAAAGGGUUGAGCAGGCAGGACGGAAUGAGUAUUUUCCGCAAGCACUGCUUUACGUCCUUCUUCGCGUGACCAGAGGACAAUUGGACACUCUCUAAAACCUACGUUCUAAGAAU